AUGCCCAGUUUGGCGGACCGCUUGCAGGCAGCAAACAUCGAGGCGAAUGGUGACAAGUUGCCAGGCCGACGGGAAGCGGAGAGUGGAGACCGGACAGGUCAAGAGACGCCCACUUCCGGGAGUCGAACAAGCGGGACCUUUGCCUGCACCCUUCGCAUGCACACACAAGCCGUACACUUGAUUGCACACACGAGCCAGUUGACCGACGCAGCCGAACGCAUGUCGCCCGGUUACCCAAUCGUCAUUCUCGUCUUGACGAUCUGCCAGGCUUGUCUUGCAACCUUUGCACUUGGUCUACUACUCAUUCACCCAUUCACACGAACUCUCUCUCUCUCUCUCACACACACAAACACAUACAAUCACACACAUACGGAGAAUACUAUCAAACAAAGGUCAAGCCGGUACUGUUGA